AUGGCAGAAAAAGUGAUUGCAAGGACUGCCUCAGUCUCACCUGCUUCGCCCACCGUUCGCAUUGUACCUGGGGCGCCUCCGCCCGCUCCGCCUAGCAAGGCGCAGAAGAAGAAACGCAAGACGGCGAAGGCUAAGUCCACUGAACCAGAGACAGUGGACCAUGUCGUGGUGCCUGACCCGGUCGCGGCAGCUCUAAUUGAUAAGGCACCGACGGAGGUUGAUGUGAGGGAGAGUUCCAUCACGCCCUCACUUGUUGCACAACCCGAAGAGCCGCAGUCUCCUGUUGAAGACAAUGUGCUCAAGCCGAGUCCGAUCAUCGACAUGCUCAACAAGCGACUGAAGGCAAUCCAGAAAAAGAUGACCCGAAUCGAGGCGUACUCCUCUGAACCUCCCGAAACCCUCAAUGACGAUCAAAGGCGGCUACUGCGAACUUUACCCGGGCUUGAAGCAGUCCGAAAGGAACUGGAAGAAGUGAAGAAAGUGAUAGCGACUCACGAAGCUGAAGUCGCGCAAGAACUUGCCUCGAAACUGACAGAGGCUGUCAGGCUCGAACGACAGAGACUUGCUGACGCGGUGGAGGCUGCAGAGGCUGCGCAGCGACAGCGCACCGCCCAUUUACUGCAUUUUUUGCGACUACGGGAUCUUCUUCUAGCCUCGCACCCCUCUGUUACAUUCCUUAGACUCAGCGAGCCGGAAAACUACGCUGUGUACUCGGCUACUGAAACUUUACUUGGUGACGACUCGGAUUCCUGGGGGAAUAUCCUUCACGGUUUCUUGACUGGUACAGGGGAAUAUAAUGGCAUCACAUUUUCUCGUCUGCAUGAGAUUACGCAGUUGUUUUUGAAUCCCCCACGAGCUCCGACACCUGAGGAAGAAGCUUUGGAAGAGCAGACACACGAAGAUGUGGCUCAGCAGGCCGAGAGCAUCGUAGCAGCUGUAGGCCUACCAUCAUCGCUUGGAACGACAGGUGCCUUCCACUUUAUGCAAGAAGAUGAGCUAGAGAGCACCCCUGCCGAACCUAUAGUCGAGCCGCAGUAUGAUGCAAUUCCCAAGGUUGAACAGCCCGCUGAGGUGGAAGUCGUCGACACAGUGCCAGGUGCAGCUGCAGCUGCAGACAGUGCGAUUGACUGGGCGGACGAGGACGAGGGUGGUCUGCCUUCUAUCGGAAGCCUGCACGCAGAAUUCGGCAAGCCUCAAACUCCGGUUCCCAACGGUACUGUACCACCUACACCUUCGGUCAACGGUGCACAAACGAAUGAGGACGCGGCAGAGGCGGGAGGGGUAGUAGCUUCAGAGGAGACCGAGGUGGUUACCGUGGCCGCGGUGGUGAUCGUGGCGGUCGUGGUGGUGAACGUGGUGGUUACCGUGGCGGCGAUCGUGGUGGUGAACGUGGUGAACAUGGUGAACGCGGUGAACGUAGUGACCGUGGUGGUCCUCGUGGCGGCUUCCGAGGGGAACGAGGUGAGUACCGUGGCAGGCAUAGCGGGGAAUGGCGGGGUGGCGACGGUGAGCAUCGCGGUCGUGGCAGGCAUAGCGGGGAAUGGCGGGGUGGCGAUGGCGAGCAUCGCGGUCGAGGCCGCGGUCGUGGACGCGGUAGGCCUAUCAUCUCCUUCAAUUGAUAACACACGAGUCUCAUCAGAUCCCACUAGGAUUCCAUGA